AUGUGUGCGGCGAGUGUCGUGUACCACAGGGAGUGGUUCCUCGAUACGUUGCCACAGCAUCAUGCGUUGUUUUCCACCGUGCUGUUUUGGAACGUGGACUUGCAUCGGCUUGCACCGAACUUGGAAGUGAUGCGCAAUGAACUGCAAUCCACCCACGACAAACUGCAAACCGCUCACAGCGAGCUCCCAACUGAUUUGGCGACCGAGGCGACCAAGAACAUGUACGCCCAAUGGAAAUACUUGAUGCGCCGAAUGGAGGACAUUUUCGAUGCCGAAACUGGUGCCAAGCCCAUGACUACGACCGUCCAGCUGAUCGCUACGUCACCGAGUAGUUUGAUGUGGUCUUUCGCGUGCUUGGUCCACAACUGA